AUAGAGUAGUUGAAAAGUGUUGGAAUUCCAAGUAGCCGUCCAAAAACAGUCUCUCACUUAUUCUCUUCCAUACAAUUUCCCCGUGACGCUAUUUUAGAUUAAACAAUAUCCAUCUUCUUCGAAUUUGCUACAUUCAAUCCAAGUCAAGGCAGUAGUCUCCGCCUUACAGAAGCCAGGCCACACUUAAAACCCACUUCAGUUUUCGUUUCUCCUCCAUCGAAUUUUUCUCUCUGUAUCCAAAAAUGGCUUCCCUUUUGAAAGAGCUACCUUCCAUGUCUACCAUCCUUGCUGCUUAUGCCUCCCUUUCAGCAAUGGCCAUGUUAAUCCGUACAAUCCUGAAUGAAAUGAUUCCGAAACCGAUGCAAAGGUUUAUCAACACCAAAUUCUCUGAUCUGGUAUCCAAAUACUUCUCCUCCAACUUCACUUUCAUCAUUGAAGAACGCUGGCAAGCUGUUUAUAAUGAAACGUUUCGAGCUGUUGAGGUCUACCUUCCUACCCGAAUCGGCCCUUCCACCGACAAACUUCUCCUCGGCUCCAAUGACAUUAACAACCCAACAUCGCCGCCGAAACGGAAGAUCCCUUCCGAUUGCAAAAUCAUCGAUGAAUUCGAAGGUAUAACCUUGGAGUGGACUCUGCAUGUUAAAGAAUCGGAAAAGUACUACAUCCCUGAUAAAAAAACCUAUCACUUGACGUGCAAGAAAAGAGUUAGGGAACUUGUUGAACAAAAGUAUUUUCCCCAUAUAGCGAAGACAGCUCAAACAAUCUUGAGCAAGCGAGAAAAGCUCAACAUCUAUACCUAUAACCAAGAUCGUUCCAGGUGGGAGUCGGCUGUUUUCAAGCACCCGGCAAGGUUCGAGACUUUGGCUAUGGAGCCAGAGCUGAAGCAGUUCAUAAUGGAUGACCUUGACUCAUUUGUGGGACGCAAGGAUUUCUUUGAAAACGUUGGGAGGGCUUGGAAACGUGGCUACCUUUUGUUUGGUCCUCCAGGGACUGGCAAAUCUUCACUGGUAGCUGCAAUUGCAAAUUACUUGAACUACAACGUGUAUGAUCUCCAGUUCCAAAGUGUUCGAAAUGAUGCCGAUCUUAGACGUAUACUUACAUCCACCACAAACCGCUCCAUUCUUCUAAUUGAAGAUAUAGAUUGCAGCACAAAGAUUUCAAAAGAUCGUGGCAAGUUAAAAAAUGACCGUGAGAAGGAAGGCGAAGAUGGAAGAACCGAUCGUCCUUCAGCCAUUGAUCCUGGAGUAACAUUGUCGGGACUAUUGAAUUUCAUUGAUGGACUGUGGUCGAGCUGUGGGAAUGAAAGGAUCAUCAUCUUCACGACGAAUCACAAAGAGAAGUUGGACCCUGCUCUGUUGCGGCCGGGGCGCAUGGAUGUGCAUAUUCAUAUGGGAUAUUGUACUCCAACAGGAUUCAGAAAACUUGCAACUACAUAUCUUGGAAUCAAAGAUGAUAAGCUCUUUGGUCUCAUUGAUGACCUGAUUAAGGUUGUUGAGGUUACCCCAGCUGAAGUGGCGCAACAGUUGAUGAUCAAAAGUGAUGACCCUGAAGCUGCUCUCCAUGGUCUCAUUACGUACCUUAACACGAAAAAGGAUAAAGUUGGAGAAGAUGUGAUUCAACAAGAAGAAGAAGCAAAAGAUGAAAAUGAUAAGAAUGAUGGAAAUCAAACAAAAGGACCUGAUGAAAGUAAAACUGGUUGCAUAUAUCUUUCUUAGAUAUAUUGUUAUGUCUUUUUCAAACAAUUGGGUCCAAACUAGGUUCCUUGCUUAAUUAUCUGGAAGUAGGAGACAUCCAUGUCUGUUGUGGUGAUAUGUUUGCAUGUAAUUAUGUCUUUUAGGGUAUCUACAAAUCCAUCUGGCUCGUCAUGUCGUAAUCAUUGUUAUGAAUAUGAACUACAUUUGACUUCUGGUCUCUUUUUGCA